CGCCGCUAUCACUCAAAGUCGAGGCUCGGGUGUACCCAAUGCAAACGCCGACACAUCAAAUGCGAUGAGAACCGGCCAGCUUGUGCCAACUGCACCACCAGCCAGCUACAGUGUAUCUAUACCGCCCCAGCACAGCACUCUGCGGUGCCUACUGAGAAUGGUUCACCGCCAACCAAAGCGGCGAGCCCGCAACCCUUGCAGAGCACCAGCCCAGCUUCACCCUUCCUCUCUCAAAGUGCACAGUCAAGGUUGCCAAUAUCGUCGCUGCUAACACCCGAGGACUCGAACAGCAGUGUGAAUAUGCAUCAUAUGGAGCUCCUAAGCCACUUCAUCCUCCAUACCUCGCUGAUGCUAGGGCCUGCACACUCAUCUGCCACACGCAUGUCUCUCGCCAUCACACUUUCGACCCCUUACCUAAUUAACCAAGUCCUCGCCCUGGCAGCGUUGCAUCUCAGCUAUCUUCGUCCCGAACGAGCCAGAGAGUACGCGGACGAAGCAGCCUUGUUCCAGACGAACUCGCUAUCCUCCUUGAACAGCACCACUGUCGAAGUCAGUAGAGAGAACUGUGUCCCGAUGCUGUUGUUCUCUGCGUUACUUGGCAUCUACACUCUCGCAGAUGCAGUUAUAACCUUCGACGGCGACAACUCCAGAUUCCUUGACAGGUAUAUUCGGUACCUCGACGUGCACCGUGGCGUGAAUGCCGUCGUGGACCCUUUCUGGGACUACCUCAGGAGUACAGAACUCGCCCCUUUUCUCAACUCCGCCGCUCUGGAGCCAACCACAUCGUCGCAGCAGGAGAUUGAAGAAGUGUGUAAUCGUCUCCAAAAGCUUCUGGACGCAGCAGACAUGGCUCCGCCCUCCCUUCAAGCCUGCCGGGAAGCAGUCCACCACCUCAAAGCCAUUCUCGGCCUUCUUUCCCAUGCCCAAGCCUUUAAGCAGCAAACGACUGCGGAUACAAUCUACUCGUGGCCCAUUCUCCUCUCAGCGGAGUUUACGACGCUCUUAUCGAGGAGGAGGCCGGAGGCUCUCAUCAUAUUGGCGCAUUAUGCUGUAGUGCUGCAUGAAAGAAGGGAUGUCUGGGUGGUUGGGGACUGUGGAAGUUGGCUGAUUCAGGCGAUCACACUGCACCUCGGGAGUUAUUGGAAGGAAUGGUUGGAGUGGCCG